CUUUUUAUCGAACGAACCACAAUAACACAAGAGAUAUAUAGUAUUAUCAUAUAAAAAUGACAAGCUACCCAAAUACACCGAAUUUUUCUCCUAAUGCGACACAAGAAAAAUUACCACCAAAUCACAAUGCAAAUAUGUAUCCGAAUCAAAAUGUAAAUAUGUAUCCGAAUCAGAAUCCAAAUAUGUAUCCGAAUCCGAAUAUUACUGUGCCUCCAAAUCAGCCACAAACCACCUAUAUCCAAGUGAUAAAUAAUCCCAGCCGACGGUCAACUCGUUGGGGCAAUCGGAGAAAUUUUAAUUCUGCCUGCUUCUUAUUUGUCUAUGGAGGAAUGGACAUGGCUCAAGGUCUAGGCUGGAACACAGACGCGGGUACCACGGGCCCAAUUCCAUUCCAGUACAGUUGGUUCAUUGGAGUCAUUAUUGGAGCUGUGUUAGCAUCUUUGUCCUUGACUCACUUACCCAAAUGGAUCUUCUAUUGUCUAGGUGGACUGUUGCAGUUGAUCGAUGCGAUUAUCUUUGUGAGUGCACCAACCCAAUACACUGCAAUCGUGGCUGCCCGAUACCUGGGUGGAGUGGGCAUUGGCAUUAUCACGGUGAGCUUCAUCAUCCACAACUCUGAGGCAGUGAGUAGUAAAUACCGCGGCGUGUUAGCCGCCUUGGAACAGUACGGAUUGGCGCUGGGAAUUGCCAUGCAGGUGAUCAUGACUGCAGAAUGGAGUUCGUACUCCGAUUUUCAAAUGAACACCGCACAUGGAAUCUUUGGAAUAGUAUUUUCCCUUUUCGGCACCGCCUUUAUCUACUUUUCAGUGGAGUCGCCAAUCUUCUAUCUUCGUAAGAACAAUGAGGUAAUGGCACGCUCAUGCCAAUGGCAUCAUAUGCCCACCACGACUUCAAAUAAUGCUUGCCAUGAGGCUCUGGAAGAAGCCAAGCGGUUCGUGGCGGAGGCAUCAAGUCUGAGUUUUGUCGAAGAGCUCGCUGCUUCCGCAAUGCCCUUCGUCAAGAUGAUCUUCUGCAGAUGCCUUGUGGCGUUCACAUUUUCCGGACCUCUCAGCUUGGCCAUGUCAUUGAACAACAUUGCGGUUUAUGACUAUGACGACUGGUCGACAAUUGUGUGGGGAGUUCUUCGCCUUAUUGGCACCAUCGUUACCAUUUUACUGGUGGACACCGUUGGACGGAAGUUUGUAUCGGUGCUGGGAUUACUGUGUAUGGGAGCUCUAAUGCUAGCCAUGGCUGGUCUCUUCUAUAGCAUCUAUAGCUUGGACAACCUCUAUCAGAUCGGUCGCAUAUCAAUGGCAUUCCAGUUCUUUGCCGGAUUGUAUGCUGCUUGCACAACAACGUAUCUGGGAGAGGCGUUUCCCAUGCGUAUUAAGCCCUUUCUCAUUGCACUGAUCAUUUGUCUGGAACAAAUGAUCCAUGUCAUUGUAAUUGUUACAUUCCCGUCUGGUAAUUACGCCCUAUUCACCUACUUUUUGGUUGUGGGCAUCAUCCUAGUUAUCAGCAUGAUUAUUUUCGUUGUGCUAAUGCCGGAAACUCGCGGCCUGACGCUUCGACAGGCUGGUCAUCGUUUUCGCCGAGUACAUGAUGUAAAGGCAUACUAAAGAGGGGCUUAUAGUAUAUGUCUAACGUUUACAACUGAUCAUUAAAUAAAAUACUUUUUAAUAUUAAAUUCGC